UGGUAUCUGAUAAACAUCCUUCGAAUUGAGCUUUUAAUUCUCAUUGCGUCGCCGGAGAUCGCCAGGUCCUUCGAACCCUAGAAAAAUGGCGAAGGAUCGGAAUGGACCGAUCGACGAACAAGGAGAAGAGGAUCGAAGAGAAGAAUCGAAGAGGGAUCGGCAUAGGAAAUUGAAGAGGAAGAAGGAUGAGAGCAGUAGUGAUGGCGGUUCUAGUGAUUCCGAGGAAGACCGGAAGUUGAAGAAGAAGAAGAAUAAGAAGAAACGGAGGAGCCGUAGCUCUCGUCGGGGAAGAAGAGAUUCCAGUGAAUCGGAAGAGUGGUCAUCUUCUUAUGAUUCGUAUACGGAUUCAGAAUCGGAGGAGUUGGAUGGUGGAGAUGAGUUGGGGUCGGAGAGUGAGGAUGAGUUGAGGCGGAGGAAGAGGAAGGAGAGAAGGAGGAGGGAGAGGGAGCAUGAGAAGGAGAGAAAGAGGAGGAAGGAGAAGAAGAGGAAGAGAGACAAGGAGGAGAAGAGAAGGAAGAAGGCAGACAAAGAUAAGAGGAAGAAGAACAAAGAGAAGAGUAUGGGAAAGACGGGGGCGGUCACGAAUUCAUGGGGGAAGUAUGGCGUUAUCAAAGAAACCGAUAUGUGGAAUAAACGGCCAGAGUUCACUGCAUGGUUAGCUGAGGUUAAAAAGGUAAACUUGGAAUCAUUAGCCAAUUGGGAGGAGAAGCAAAUGUUUAAAGAAUUCAUGGAGGAUCAUAAUACUGCAACUUUUCCAUCAAAAAAAUAUUAUGAUUUAGAUGCCUACCACAAGCAUAAGAUGGAGAAAGAAAUAAAAAAAGGUUAUAAGAAGGAAUCAGUGGCAGAGCGCACAGUUUUCAAUGAUGAGGAACAACGCCGGCAAGAAUUGCUAAGAGCCCGUGAGAAGCAAAAGGAAGAAGAAAUAGAAGUUUUGAAGCAUAAUAUGCAAAGUGGAAUGGCACAAGCAAUGAAGGAGCAAGCCCGAUUGCGGGAAGAGAUGGUCUAUCAAUACAGGGUCGGAAAUCUUGAGGCUGCCAAUGCAAUCCAGAGAAGAUUAGAUCCAGAUGUUGCUAUGUGAAAGAUCAUAUAUAUAAGCUAGUACAAGUAACAUCAUUUCACCCAAGUAUUCGAGGUAUGCACUUUGAACCCAUAUGAUCUGAGCGAGCUCGUCGUUGUCGUGAGCAUUGGCUAUUGGGGAUUUUGUAAUCUGUUAACAGUAACUCAUCUUUGUUUAUGAGAAAUAUAUCUAAAUAUUAUUAUCACAGUUAUGAACUAUGUUUGGUAUUUAAGAAAUUUGUUGGUUGGUUUUGAGUA